UCAUCUCUUUCCUUCCCUCAUUCAUUUAACCCACAGCAAGGACCAGCGGCCGACUCGCACGAGCAGGACAGACGUGCACAGAUACUCAGUUACUUGGGAAUACAACGAACGCUGGAAACACAGGAUCAGUCCCCAUCGUUUUUGAUAGGAAUCCACACGACACCAUGUCUGGAGGCAUCACUCUGGCACUGAUCUCUUAUGCAGGCACAGGAAUCGCUUUUCUCUUUUCCACGCUGUCGCUUGCAUGCGGCCUCUACUACUUGGCAGAGCUCGUGGAGGAGUAUACAGUCAUGACAAAAAAAAUUAUCAAAGGCUUGACGCUGACGGUCGUGGCGCUUCAUCUGUUGCUCUGGCUGCUAGACGGAUUGCCGUUCACGAAGAUUGUGUUCUCGCUCGGCUGUCAUGCAGUCUACAGUCUGAACUUGGCCAACUUUCCCUACAUCAACCUCCUCAGCGCUCCUUUCCUUCUUAGCUGCGUACUGGUUCUGGCGGAUCAUUUCAUGUGGUUCAAGUACUUUACAAGGCACUAUUACAGCUUCAUGACGAUCGCCAGUUUUUUCGGUAUUUGCGUCUGGAUGGUGCCAUUCGUCUAUUUCAUCUCUCUAAGCGCCAACGACAAUGCACUCCCAAGCUUUGACAAAUCGCAGGAAAGCAAACAAAAGAAGAGCGGCAUUCUGAAGAAUCUCUUUGGCGCGAUGCUGAACAAGAAGGACUCUUCGCCAGCGCUCGUGGAGACACCCAGCUUUGCCGGCUUUGGAAGUUCUUCACUAUCCCAGAGCCACCUCACUCCCUCAACUUCGUCGCCCUACUCCUCGUUUAAUCCCGAUAAGAACCAGCUCCGACCGGAUUAUCCCAUCUCCCGUCCAAGCAGCAGCAACAGUAAUUAUGGACACGGAUAUCAGGGCAGUCAGAGCCCUGAUCGCCCAGCCAGCAGCGGCAACAGUUAUGGAGGACAACAGCAAUACGGAAGCAGCAGUGCAGUCUACAGCAACUCAUCGUCGACUGUAGGAAACCGCUUUUAAAAUAUAAAGACAACUGCAUGCAAUGUUUAUUUGCGUAGUGCUUUCAUGAUUUUACUUGUGCGUUCUUCUUUAUCGUACAAAUACUGGACUCUGGUACUAGUCUGGCGCCUUAGUCUUCUGCAAGCAGCGCCUUUAAAUCGUUGCGUGUCCUCUGCACCUCGCUGAUUGGCUUUCGUCGCUGUCCUAGCGCCGGAACUGGGACUGGUGAUGUUGCCGAAGAGUUUUGUGGCUCCUGCUUCAGAUACCGGCCGGCUAUGCAAUUAC